CUCUUCAUCCUCGCAAUGCCGCCGAAAUCCAAAGGCAAGCCUUCAAAGGCAUUAUUCAAGUCGUCUUCCACCCCCAAGAAUCCGCGCUCUUCAACGCCCCCGGCGCCAUUCUCUCUCGCAGCGACUCAACUCGAACCUCUAUUAUCCCAGCUUUCCCAAAAGCACAUCUAUCUACUCUCCCUCGAUGCCUCCCCUCAACCAUUCAAAAAGAAAGUUUUUGCCGUACCCGUCCUUACGAACCUAGCCAUAGUUGCCCUCAUCGUGUGGCGGAUCAGCUACACGCUACCUCUCUACAUCUCCCUCGCGACCUCCUUCGCCAGGAACGACACCACCGCGCCUCUCACACUCUCCUCCAUAUUAAACCGAUUCCUGGGUUUUUUGAUCGAUUACUUCCACUACUUCUUACUCAUAUGGCCGCGCGAAUUUCUUUUGGGCACGAAGCACGGAUCGCCAGUCCUAUGGCGAACCAACAUCGGCUUCCGGAAUAGCGAAGUCAUAGUCCGAAGAUCGAAGGCUUGGGAUGUCGAAGCGAUAAUUCCCAGUGUCGAUAUUGUACUAGAAAAGGAGGAGCCAGCAAGAAAGCUUUUUGAUGAAGAGGUCAGACGCGCAACGAGCGUGAUGGCAAUGCACGAAAAGACUGGAUACAUGCUUCUGAAUGCAAAGUGGGAUUUGGAUUGGAAGCUCAUGAUAUAUGCUACGGAGAUGAUAGAUGCCAAGGAUACUGUGCUACCAGAUUUUAAGACACAGGCCUUGGUGCAUAGCCCAGCUUAUGGAUGGGUGACCUGGGAUGAGAACGUGCAGGGUGGCAAUAAGGAAGAAGAGGCGCGGAAGAAGAUUGUACUAUUUAAGGACGAGCUGACAUUGAUGGGGAAAGAGAGCUUGUUCUUCCGCUGGAUCGAGCUUGUACAGUAUGAGAGUGCGCGGGAAGGCGGGUUUACCGCCGAGAGGCAACAGGAAACAAUGAAGAAGGCAAACGAAUUGUUUGAAAGGGAGGGAGUAGACUUUGAGGCGUUCUGGGCGAGGGUGGGUGGAAUGCAAGGGAUGCCUGGCAUGGAUAUGGCAUAGUGGGGUUAUGAUAUGCAACAACAUAGAAUAUAUAUUCGCAUAAGAGUGCCCAGUAUUUGGGUAAUUAAGGACAAUACAUAUGGACACCUCACAAACUGCAGUUGGGACAUGGUUAUGUUCUUGAAAAUCAAGACGCUGGCAAUGCCG